AAUUGAGUUUAAAAUCACAAUGAACGCUUGACAAUUCUUUUACGAUAUUACGAUUACUAUGAAAUCUUUACUACGACGUGACGUGUCGCAAUCUUGUCUCUGUUAUUCUUAUUGGUCUAGUAAGUAAAGUAAACAUAUAGUUGGCAACGCGUAUUUGUUAUUCCAACUGGCGUUGCCAUUAGGGAAAACUCAAAUAAAAUGCGUGAUAUAAAUAUCGAUCCAGGGUUAACACCGGUAACUAUAUGUUUAGUUUGUCUGCUUACUUCCAUAUCCGUUUAAUCAAAUUAAAUUUGUUUUUAUAUUUCACUAUAAUGUUUAAUACCAAUAUCUUUAAAUAAAUAUCAACGUGUGAACGGCCAUUAAUGUGUACGCUCCAUCUUUUCUUGUGUUGUUUGCUAAUUUGACAGGCAGCAAAUAAUAUUCGCGCAUUCUGCAAAUUUCAGCAAAUAGUUUAACUUUUCAAUAAAAUAAUGAAAAUUAAGUUUAAAUUUGUUAAUUUUACUACAAAAUAGUUGUACAACGAUACAAUGCAACUGUUUAUUCUGCCGUAAACUGCAAAUCUAGUGUUUAAUGUGUUUAAAAUAGUGAAACGCGUUUGCGCUGUGCGUUCAGUAACUUUUGGUGUUUAAUUGGAUUUGUUAAUUACUAAAAUGUCUGAAAAUAAGCAAAUGCAAGUGAAAACGAGUGCUUUUAAUAUAAAUACUCUUAAUGUAAUGACUUUUUGCUACAAUUUUGGUUUGCUUAUACCUGGACAGUAAGUCUUUAAAAGUGUGCUAAUUGGUGACGCUGAUGUUGUUGGAAAUGCUGUUGGUAUCCGGUUAUAUGUUGACAAUUUCCGUUCCUGUUCACUUGUGCAACUUGUGGAUUUUCCUUGUCGUUUCACAUAGUUUGCCUUUAAGGAAUACAAGAUAUAAUUUGAGGUGUCGUUGGCAUCGCGCUCGGUCGCACUAUCGUGGCGUGGUUUGGGAUGUGCAAGGGUGUGCGCACGAUCUUCAGGCCACUUAUUAUAACCGUUUGUGUUCCAUUGAAACGUUUACCAGCAGCUUCCGGUUUGGCGCUGCUCAUUUCCGGCUUGUUUACGUUCGCCUGCGGACCAUUUAUGGGUCUUAUACGUGAUCGUUUCAACUACUCGAUCACCCUGUAAUUCCUCAAUAUGUUGCCUCGUUCAUCGCGGUCACUUGUGGCGCUAUGUAUACCAUAUAUUAACACUGGUAGCUCAAUUGGAGAUGAGAUAUAUAAAUGUACUACAGUUUAACUGCUCUCACUCAAAUCACCAUAAUCCGAGAAUACACUUCGAUUAUACUUAAGUUGCAAAUUAUAUAUGUAUAAGUCAAAAAGUUUUCAUACAUUUUCCUAUAAUACUUGUAUACAUACACAUACACUAUAUACAUAAACAAACAAAGAUAAUUAAGCCACUAGAACUACAUUUAAGAAAAGCAAUUCAAUUGUAAUAAAAAUAUACAAAUACAACAAAGUUUUUAAUUAUUUCUUAAGAGGAUCUACAUAGAGGCACAUUGUGAGUACAAAUGUCGGGAAAAAAUGAGCCUACUUCUAGUGCUGUAAUUAAUAUACUUUUAAUGAAUUGAAUGCCUCAGUGUUAUUUCCUUUCAUAUUCCACAAAAAUCAUUGAAAUCGGUUCAGAUUUACCAGAGUUAUGGUCAUUCAAAGUGUUGGUGUCAACUGCAGUGGAACUCUCAUGCUCGAUUUCCUUGCAUUUGGAUGCGCAUAAAAACGUUAAUUAAGCUGGAAGUUGUGACUACGUUUUGCUCUGAACUUAAUUUGGAUAUCUAUUACUGCGA